AUGUCCUCUGAAACUCCAUCUAAGCGAAAGGUGUCCUGGGGUGACAUCACGCGACCCGCGCGCGAGGCGACAGACGCGCAGUCCUCCCCAUUGGCGAGCAUUCCUUCUCCAGCUCGCUUCGUUCUCGUCGUUUUGAGCAGUCUGGUGCUGAGCUCGGUCUUGUUCACAUUGACAUCCAGCUUCACAGUGGGCGAUCUUGGGCCUAUCAGUCGACACCUGGAGGAAUGGUGGGAAGUGGGGGGCUUGAUAGGCUGGAGAGCCCUUGAGGUUGGGCUGACGUGGGUGCUAGGAUAUGACGGUCGUGACGCAGCAUCUUUCUUAUUCCUGACUCACUUGCCAACCUACUCGCUUUUGUCGUUCUUCUACCAUGUCCGCCCGACUUCGGCGCUGGCUGCCUUUUGUGUCCUGCUUGUGUCAACAACACUUCCAUUUGUCCUCUUGCGCCGGCCAUCAUCCGUGCACAAUCUUUCGCGUACUCCGGCUGACGCCAUUCCCAACCGAGCUAUCUUGCAGGACAAAGUCACCACCAUUUUCACCACGCUUAUGGCAGCUUCGAUCUUCAGCGUAGUACUGUACGCCAGCUACGCCACUUGGCUGCCCGCGCGAUUGGUCGUGCACUUCGAAGGUCUUCCGGACAUCAGUGCUGCGCACGCUGGCCCCGCGGGCUUGCCUGUGCUUUUCAUGACGCUGAUACCUGCCGGUUGGGCGGCGCGUGAUUUCAUAUUCGUCAGCUCUAUGGGUUACUCCGCAGAAACCGACCAGAGUCCCUCGCCAUCUGAGAGAGAAUACUUGAUUGCAUCCGUCUACCGUGCCACCUGGGGCAAACUCUCCACGAAGACGAAGGUGCUGAUCUCUCGGUCUGUCACUCUGGCAUUUGGAAUCUUACUCAACACUGUCGUUCAAGUGGCAGGCACAAUUCGCGACGUGUCCAUCGAAGGAGCCGCUACAUGGGGAGCGCUUUGGGCUGCUGCCGCUUUGAUUACAGGAGCAACCUUUGGCUGGAUUGAAGCCGUUGAUGGUGUAUGA